AUGAGUUUACCCAGUGGUGAGUCACAAGAAGUAUGCAGAUUAGACCCAUGGAUUACUAUGUUUGGAGAACAUUUAAACGGUCGUUUAAAGAAGACAAUGAGGCAACUUCAAUCUAAUGUGAAACAAUCAACAAUGCAGAGAGCAUAUGGUAUAGUUGACGACAUCUGUGGGGCUUUUAAUAAAUUGUUAGGUGUCAGUGCAGAUUCGACAAAGCACUCAACUCCUCAUGAUAAAGAUUUUAAGCAAGUGCUUCAUCAGCUGACUGAAUGUAGUAAAGAUGACUGUAUGAAUGUAGAAGGCCAAUUUCUUGCUGGCGUAUAUACUCCAGACUUUCUAGAGGGAGUGUGGGAUGAUGAUAGCGGGGAUAGUUUUAAAGAAAAUGAAGAGCCAGUGGUUAGUAAGCCACCUCCUAAAAAACGAAAGAAGAAAGCUGAUCAGGAAACAUUCAAAAUCGAUGCUGUAUCUUCGUUAGUACUUUCUGGUACCAAACAAAGUACUGAAACUUCUUUUGUUCUUUCAUCAGCUAAUUCUUCUUUGCCAUCAAAUAACAUGUGCCCGCCUACUGUAACACCUGUUAUAUCCACUGCUACGGAUUACGUAUCACCUUGCAGUACAGGUUUUAAUCCUGAUGGAAUAUUAGAAGCACCUUCUACUUGUUCAAGCUUUGGCCAGGAUAUUGAUUUGCCAGUGACUCCUCUUCACCAGCCAGUCGCUCCUGUUCAGCAGCCAAUCACUCCUGUUCAGCAGCCAGUCGCUCCUGUUCCGCAAGCAGUCACUCCUGUUCAGCAACCAGUCACUCCUGCUCAGCAGCCAAUCACUCCUGUUCACCAGCCAGUCGCUCCAGUUCACCAGCCAAGCACUCCUGUUAACCAGCCAGUCACUCCUGUUCACCAGCCAGUUGCUCUUGUUCAGCAGCCAAUCACUCAUGUUCACCAGCCAGUCGCUCCUGUUCAGCAGCCAAUCACUCCAGUUCACCAGCCAGUCGCUCCUAUUCAGCAGCCAAUCACUCCUGUUUAG